AUGCCAUCGCCUCCAAAACCUUGGGAAGUUAAUAAUAGUAAUGAACUAACAACAUCAACCACAAGUCCAUCAGUAUUACAAACAACAACGCCUUCUUCAGUUGCACCUGCAAUACCUAAUAGAUCUUCAGCAAUGGGGACAGGCUAUGGAGGUUACGGUACAUCAAGUUAUGGAGGAUAUGGUGCAUCAAGUUAUGGAGGGUACGGCGCAUCCAAUUAUGGAGGAUACGGCACAUCAAGUUAUGGAGGAUACGGCGCAUCCAAUUAUGGAGGAUAUGGGACAGGUUAUGGAACUUAUAGUAGUCCGUAUAGUAGAUUAGGGAUGGGCUAUGGUUCUAGUUAUGGUGGAUAUAAUAGUUAUUCACCUUAUAACCGAUUUGGCAGUGUAUAUAAUAAUCGAUUUGGAACAGGAGGAGGAGGAGCUGAAGAUUUUAAUCUAACACAGCGUAUGGAAUCUGGUACAAGGGCUACAUUUGAUAUUUUAGAAUCUAUUGUAAGUGCAUUUGGUGGAUUUGCACAAAUGCUAGAUUCAACUUAUAUGGCAACCCAUUCUAGUUUUAUGGCUAUGGUAGGCGUAGCAGAACAAUUUGGGCAUCUAAAGCAUUAUUUGGGUGAUAUCUUCAGUUUAUAUGCUUUAAUAAGAUGGUUAAAACGAAUGUUAUAUAAAUUGACAGGCAGAACACCGCCGCCAGAGUUAUCGUCAUCAUCAUCAUCAUCACCACCUGAUCAAACAGAACAACUUCAGAUUACAGAAAAUGGAGAAGAGGAAGCAGAAGAAAUAACACAUCAUAUAGAGCAACCAUUUCGUAGUCACAGUAAACGAUCUGUUCUUUUCUUUUUAGCCUUAAUCACAGGCUUACCUUACUUGAUGUAUAAAUUAAUUCAAAAAUCAAAUGAAUAUAAACUUCGACAGAGAAUGAUAAUACCACAGAUAAGCGCUCCUCCACCAGAGAUAGCUAGAGUCAUUCAUAAUUUUAUUGCAGAAAGCCCUAUUGAAUUAGAUUUACGACAAGGAGAAAUGAUCCAUGUAUUAUCAAAGGUAGAUCCUGCAACAGGAUUAGUAUCAGAAUGGUGGCAAGGAAGAAAUGCACAUGGUGAUAUCGGUGUCUUCCCAGCGAAUUUUGUACAAAUAGAAAGUAAUCAUUAUAACAAUAGGCUAUAUUAA